GGUUGAUAUAAUAUAAAUAUGCUUCGUGCGGCGUCUCUUCUGCGAUCGCGUGCCCCUGCCAUUGGCAUCACAGCUGCGAGUGCUAUCUUGCUGGGUACUGGAACUGUUCUAGCCAGCGACGACGGCCUGCAUCCCGCACAGUACCCAUGGAGUCACAACGGCUUGCUCCAAUCUCUAGACCACGCCAGUAUGCGUCGAGGUUUCCAGGUGUACCAAGAGGUGUGCUCUGCGUGCCAUUCACUCCGCCGCAUCUGCUACCGUAACCUGGUCGGCAACACACACACGGUCAACGAAGCCAAAGAGCUGGCUGAGGAUAUCGAGGUAGUGGACGGUCCGGAUGACGAAGGUAACAUGUUCACCCGUCCCGGAAAACUGGCAGAUCACAUGCCUUCGCCUUACCCCAACGACGAGGCGGCUCGUUUCGCGAACGGAGGUGCGUUACCUCCCGAUCUGUCACUCAUUGUGAAGGCGCGACACGGCCGAGAAGACUAUCUAUUCGCUCUACUGACCGGUUUCCACGAACCCCCCGCCGGUGUUAACAUCCGUGAGGGUUUGCACUUUAACCCGUACUUCCCUGGGUUGGCUAUUGGUAUGGCCCGUCCUAUCUACGACGGUAUGGUUGAGUACGAGGAUGGUACCCCAGCCACUACCAGUCAGAUGGCCAAGGAUGUCAUCACGUUCCUCACGUGGUGUGCAGAGCCUGAGCACGACGAGCGAAAGCGAAUGGGCAUGAAGUGUAUGUCCAUUCUGGGUAUGGCUGCGCUCGUAGCUUGGUAUAUGAAGCGCAACAAGUGGAUUGUGAUCAAAUCCCGAAAGAUCUCUUAUGUUAAAUAAGCUUUUGCACCAUGCUUAGAGUAGCUGAGGAAAUAAAUGUACCUGUAGUUAAAAGACCCGAUAAAGAGCCUGUGAUAUAUAGAUAUGGAAAAUAAUGGCCACAUACACCUCGCCAAAUGUGC